CCUCGGCUCAUCUUAAUGCCUAAUUAUAGGUAUGUUGUGUUUGGUUAAAUAACCCUCCUAUUGGACUUAAACAGGAGCAGUACAUUACCUUUUUGCUGUGUAAAGUCCACAAAUACUGCGUUCAGGUGUAAGGAAGGCGAAGCUCAAAGCCGGGUGCUGACGCGCGCCUCCUUUUCGAAGCCAUGUCGACCACCUCUCGGAAGCACAGAGACUUUGUGUCCGAGCCCAUGGCGGAGAAGCCGGUCACGGCGCUCUCGGGCAUCGGAGAAGCUCUGGGCAAGAAAUUGGAGGAGCAGGGCUUUGACAAAGCGUACGUGGUCUUGGGCCAGUUCCUGGUGCUGAGGAAGGACCAAGAGCUGUUCGGCGAGUGGCUGAAAGAUGCCUGUGGUGCAAACUCUAAGCAGGCCAUGUCUUGCUCGCAGUGCCUGAAGGAAUGGUGUGACUCCUUCUUGUGACCCGAGGGCACCACCCCUACCUCUGUUAGGAUGCAAAUUUGUGCUAUGUAAAUUUUAAUUUUAAUGAAAUAAAGGUUGUAUUUUCCA